GGCGCACGUGAAGUGAGCGGCCACGAAGAGGACAGGGAGGAGCCAGGUGAGGUAGGAGGUAAAGCCGUCCACAGUCCUCAGUAGCGGGACUGCGGAGCUCACCACCGCCCGGGAGUUGGUAUUGUCACGAUGAAAGCCUGGAAUAAAAAGAAGUUUCCAGGAAAGAACGGAAAAGUAUCCCGUGGGAAACAGCUGCGUGGAAAAAAGAAGUUUAAGAAAGAUGACGAUUCAGUUCCUUUGAAGACUUUUCAUAGUAAAGGAGAUGAGGAGGAAAAGCCUAAAUCAAUUUCCAAAAAGCCUGUGAAAGGAAAUUUAAGACCUGGAAGAGCUAGUGUCAAACAAUUCAAGAAUAAGCAGCAAUCAGAAAAGCUUGCAAAGAAGAGGAGAUACCAGGAUAGCACGCAGGGAGAGUCAGAUUCUAAGAAGCCUAAAUGGGAUGACUUCAAAAAGAAAAAGAAGGAGUUAAAGCAAAGCAGACAACUUAAUGACAGAAGUAAUUAUGACAUAAUUGUAAAAUCAAAGCAAAUAUGGGAGAGCGUGAGAAGGAAGAAAUGUGAUAAGGAGAAGCGGGAAAAGCUGAUGAAUGAGCUACAAAAACUACUUCAUGGAAAAAUCAAAAAUCUAGCAUUUGCACAUGAUUCAACUCGAGUGAUCCAGUGCUUUAUUCAGUAUGGUAAUGAUAAGCAAAGGCAAGAGACUUUUGAAGAGUUAAAAGAUAGCCUAGUGGAGUUGAGUAAGUCAAAGUAUUCCAGGAAUAUUGUGAAGAAGUUUCUUAUGUAUGGGACAAAACAACAAAUUGCUGAAAUAAUAAAAAGUUUUAAAGGUCAUGUGAAAAAAAUGCUCCGUCAUGCUGAAGCAUCUGCUGUAGUGGAAUAUGCAUAUAAUGACAAAGCCAUUCUGGAACAGAGAAAUAUGCUGACAGAAGAAUUAUAUGGAAAUACUUUUCAGGUUUACAAGACACCAAUUGUCCCAACGCUGGAUAAAGUAUUAGAAGCUCAGCCUGAGAAGAGAGAGGCCAUCCUAGAUGAAAUGAAGCAGAUACUUACACCAAUGGCGCAAAAAGAGGCUGUGAUAAAACACUCACUGGUACAUAAAGUAUUUUUGGACUUUUUCACUCAUGCUCUUCCAAAACAAAGAUCUGAAAUGAUAGAAGCUAUCAGAGAGGCUGUCAUCUACCUAGCACACACUCACGAUGGAGCCAGAGUAGCAAUGCACUGUUUAUGGCAUGGUACCCCCAAGGACAGAAAAGUUAUUGUGAAAACUAUGAAGACGUACAUUGAAAAAAUAGCUACGGGUGAAUUUUCUCAUUUGGUCUUGUUGGCAGCAUUUGAUUGCAUUGACGACACUAAACUUGUGAAACAGUUAAUUAUAACUGAAUUAAAUGCUUCCUUGCCCAGUUUAAUUUCCAACAAACAUGGAAAAAAGGUCUUGCUGUACUUGCUAAGUCCUAGAGACCCUGCACAUUUUGUUCCAGAAAUCAUCACACUUCUGCAACAGGGUGAUGGAAAUGCCUAUAGUAAGAAGAGUACAGAACUCCGCCGCCAUGAACUCCUGGAAGCCAUUUCACCACCGUUGCUAGAGUAUUUGCAAGAACAUAUCCAAGAAGUAGUAAUGGAUAAAGCUGCCUUUGUCUUGGUUGCCGACAUCUUAAGAACGGCUACUGGUGACAUUCAGCCCACACUAAAUGCAAUUGCUAAUUUAGCAGCAGAAGAGCUGGUUCCAGGUGGCCGUGAUGGGCAGCUUCACAUUGCAGAGCAUCCAGCAGGUCAUUUAGUGCUGAAAUGGUUAAUAGAGCAAGAUGAAAAAAUGAGAGAGAGUGGAAAAGAAGGCUGCUUUGGAAGAACAUUGGUGGAAUGUGUUGGUAUUGAGAAUUUGAAGACCUGGGCAGAAGUAAAUCGAGGUGCCAUUGUUCUUUGUUGCCUUCUCCGAAGCACUGAUCAAAAAGUGACAAAUGCAGUCAAAAAAGGACUGAAAAAAAUUGUUCCAAAGUUGAAGCUGAAUAAAAAUGUAAAAGGAAUAGAAGCAUUGCUGGAGAAAUUAACUUAGUGUACACAAAGCUAAGAAGAUCAGUUACGACUAUGCAAUUAACUGCCAUUUGGUAAGAUUUUGGACCAUGUCUGUGCAUUUGUGAAUUAAAUCAUUUUCAAAGCA